UCUUCCAACGCAGUAUUUACCGUCAAGAGAAGCCGCUCAAAUAAGUUUUGUUCUUAUAGAGUUUAUUACGGAUUCUUGCUCUGUAUAUUUGCGUUAUGAAGAUAUUAUUGAAACAUGUAAAAAUGGACAUUUCAGUGAUUUGAGGAACGGAUGAAGAUGAGGGAAAUCAGCGGCCAUUUUAGAUAAUUUAUUUAUGUGAUUGAUCGGGUAAGCUUGCAUCUCUGCUCACCAUACGAGACCCAGCCAGUCAUUUUACGGUUCACAAGGAACACAUGAUAAUUUAAAUCACCCAGAAAGAAAGACUUUAUCUUAAUUGCAUAAAAAAAUUUUAUUGACGAUGAAAACAAAAAAUUAGAAAAUCAUGAAAGGGGCAACAGUGAAUUGUCUCAUGAGAAUAGAUGCUUGUAAACAACUAAAUGUCAAUCAUUCAUCCCUAUCACCCGAUGCAAGCUCAACUUAUCCUGUGCUGCUUCCCGUUAGCAGAGAAACGGAAAGCGUGCAACGUUUCAAUUCCUGCAUCUUCGUCUAAUUCCCGCUUCCUUUGCUAAGGCUGCUGAGAACUUGUUGCACUCAAAUCAUUGGUCUGGUCACAGACACUUGUGGCAAUUUGUGACAACUGUUAGAGGAUUUAUUUCGAAAGCCUGAAUGAAUGUCUUUAUCUGCAGUGGUAUUCAUCAGACAGAAUAUCGUCUCCUGCACGCAAAAAAAUUUGUGGGGUCUGUGUUCAGGGAAGAUGGUAGAGAGAAUUUGAAGAAAGUGACUUGGAAGUGUUCACAAUGGAAUCAAGUGUUAGUUCAAUAUCUCCCAUGACUUCUCCCAUGGAGCAGACAGAGGAAUCAAAGACAUUGGUUGAUCCAAAGCAACAGUUAGAUGCUUACAUAGCAUGGAUCAACUCACAGUUGAAAAAGAAAACAGGAGUGCGGCCAAUACAGGAUCUGCGUAAUGACAUGAAAGAUGGCAUCAACUUUGUAUACAUCAUAGAGAUUGUGUCAGGAGAACGUAUACCUGGAAUACAUCUUAUGCCAACAACUUACGCAGAAAUGAUUGAAAAUGUGGAGAAAGUCCUGCAGUUUAUGGGACGAGAGCACAUUAAAAUGCAUCGCAUCAGUGCCAGAGAUAUUGUAGACGGGAAUCUCAAAGCAGUGAUGCGACUAAUUCUGGCGCUAGCAGCUCACUAUAAACCAAUGAGUGUCCGCCAUUCAGUUCACACACGCUCCACAAUGAAGAGUCAGUCUCUGAUGGGUAUAGCUCAGGGUGCAUCUGCAGCUUUGACAGAGGCACGACGCAAUGUUAAGAGAGCAGGGAGACGACACGCUCGGUCGUGGUAUGACAGCAGGCACAACGAGAGCAGUUCAGAGCCGUGCAGUGACUCAGAUCAGAAUUAUCUGCGUGCCGAGCCCCGCUUUCAACCUGGCAGUUUUGAGCGGAGAGAACUAGAAGGUGCUAGUGCAGGCAGCAGCCCCAUCUCCAGCUGCCUUGCUAGUCCCCGUACCAGUCUUCAUCUUCCUGAUGAGGAUUUCUCUUUGGUGGAGCAAUACAGAUCCUCAGACAGCAUGACUGCAUCACAAGAAAGCAAAGUGCAAAGCACCUGUGUGGGAUGUGCCAGUGGUGCAAUGGGGGCAGCUGAUGUUGAGAUGCUGCAUGAAGUAAAACAACAGCUGAUGCAGCUGCAGGAUUUGAUCCUGACUAACUGUAUUCCUGAAGGUUCUGGAACUAUUCAAGACGUAGAACAAUUGACAGCAGAAAACUUUGUGAUUUUGAAAAGCCAGCUGCAGCAUGUAACACUAGUGUCUGAAUCAUUGCGAGAAGAGAUGUCACGGAUGAAGAAUGAAAACCUGCAGCUACAAGGCACAAGGGCAGGGCUGCAGCACCGGCUUGCAGAGCAGGACAGUCUUCUUUCACAGCUGAAGUCCGAAAAGUUGCACAUAGAAUUAGAGCUUCAAGCUAAAGUUGCAGAAAAUGAGUCGCUCCGCAAACAACUGAGAGAGUGCAGCGAGCGAGUGGCAAGUGUCAAGGGGAAAGUUAGUCAGGAGGCAGAAAGACGAGAACAGACAAUUUCCAAUCUUCGUCAAGAGCUGAUGCGCCGUGACCAGCGAAUAGACCAGCUGCAGCAUCAACUGAAGCAGGAGAAGGUCCUUCGACAGGAGCUACAAGAUCUCCAUGCACGUCUACUUGCCGUUGGGCAGACAGGGGCAACUUUAUCAGCUAAAGUGGCCCGCCAGGACCAGCGCAUGGCAGAGUUUGAAGGGCAGAUGAAACAGGCGACGGUAAUCUUGUGGCAAAUUUGCAGCAGGUUAGUAUCUAUUAAAGGUCAUCUGGAGAUGUCCAUGCUACAGCAGUCACUAGAAAACAUGAUGAAAGUUGCCAGAACCCGCUCUCCUCCUCUGGACCAGCUGGAGCGCAGCAUCAUCAAUAUGCUUCAGAAUGUGCAAGCUGCUCGACAGCUAGAACAUCCAGAGUGCAGCAUGGAUAGCAUGCAGUCUCACCCAGGGAGUGGUCACAAAGGAGGACCGAGACUUCGACAGCAGUUUCUCAAUGUACAGAGUAAAGUGGCCAGACAGCGUGGGGGUCAGUGUGGAGAUGGAACACCAUCCACUGCUGUCCUGUACUUCUCUGGUCACUCCCUGCAUCCUUUCCAUUGCCUGAUGCCAGGCCGGCUGGGUGAGAUCAGGCUGCGGGACUUCAAGAACUUGUUUGAAGAUGCGGAUCAGUACCGUUACUACUUCAAGGCUCUGGACCCUGAAUAUGGGACAGUGAAGGAAGAGCUUGUGAAGGAUGAAGCUGUCGUACCAGGCUGGGAGGAUAAGAUAGUGGCGUGGGUGGAAAGUGAGCCAGGCACACAGUGCUGACAGAGAUUAUGUCUUGCCCAAGAAGGUACUCAGGAUGCUGUGCUGCCUACAAUCUGCUGAUGCCCUUUAGAACCAGUCCAUGUUGACUACAUUAGCAUGUGGCAACUGUCCUGAAAUUGCAUUCUGCUGAUAAUAAACCUACAACCAAAGUACAAUGUGCUAACAAAAAGGAAGCUGUUUAAGAUCAUUAGCGAUUGCACCCUAAUGGAUUUUAUUCUCAUCAGCAAACAGUUUGCAAAAUCAUGAGUGUAUGUAUUUGUGAAUGUGUGUGUGUAAAACAUUAGAAGAUACCAAUGACGACCUUAAUAUGGGUACUUUUUGUGCGAAGGGAUUAGAAAUGCCCAUUAUGACAUUAUUAUGGGUACUUAUGUAUGUUUGUAUUCCAGAAUGAAUCUGUUCCAGAGAGUUACAACUGAUCUGCUUCUUCUUAGUCACUUUUUAUUUUUCUUUUAUCUGAGGAAACUGCAAGCUACAGGCAUAUGAGAUAUAUAUAUAUACACCUAAUUCCCUUUAUAGUUAUAUCUAUAAAACAUCCCUUUUUCUUGAUGAAUUUUGGGUAAGAGCUUAAUGUGACUCGCUUAUGAAACUGCUAUCCAGUUGCAGUUGUACUAGAGGACUUGGCAGUGUCUGGGCAUUGUUUUCUUUGUUUCUGUGGAGUGCUGACUGUGGGUCAUGUGAUCCACAAUUAGUGUGGCAACAAGCAAGUCCAUUUUUUUGUGUGUGCAUGCACAAUGGCUUCCUACCAGCAUCAAUCACAUUCUAAAUUUUUCAACAGAAAUUGUAAUUAAAAGUGAAGAAUUUUAUAUUCUAAAACUUGUUUUAUUUAUUUUUGACAAAAUUAUAUAUCACAGUUGGAUUGGUGCUUGAUAAAUUUACCAUUGUACAUAACACUACACGCAAGCAAACCCUUUGAGCUCUGUGUGUGAAAUAGCAACACUGAUUAUGUCUGCCUUGAUAAGUGCAUGGUAGCAGGGGGGGAAAUGGUUCUAUAGCAGCAAGCAUGAAGAAACAUCCUACUGACAGACAUCUCUUGACAAGCACAUUUUGGUUUUGUUUUUUUUUCUCAGCCACUCAGUACUACCAGGAUGCCUUUUUCACAUUUCCACAAUCUAGGAUGUUGAACAUAUUUCUGAAGCUGCAAAGUGUUGCUACUUAAAUUGGAUUUGUUUUAUUGAAAAUGCUACUUACCAUAAUGCUACAGUAAUAUGGUGUGUAUACUAUUUAAAAUUAAGACAAGCAUACAGGCUUUUUACAUUGUGCAGGAUGUUUCUGUGAUGUGACAAUUCAUGUACUUCGACACUCGCGAGUUCAUGGAACCCAUAAAACAGACUGUUGCCAGUCUACCUUCUGUCACGUAACAGGGUCUAGGCUGAAUAUAUUGCUUGUUGUUCUGAAAUAUAGUGAUCUGUUGUUUUAGAGAUGUUGUAACCUGUUAUCAGGUUUUGUGAUCAGCUUUCCAUGUGCAUCCUCAACACAGUUUUCAUUAUUUUUGGUUCUCUUCAGCAACCUAGGACUGCUGAGAGUUUUAUUUGUUGAAAGACUUUUUUUGGGCAAAGCCAUAGUUUCAUGAGAGAAGUGUACUGAUGAUAAUUGCACAUAAAUCUGAUUAUUUUAAUACCCGAUGUGUAUAAUGUUGGCAGUCACUUCAUGGUGUGGUUGUUCUCACAUUCCAUUUUCAUGCACACUUGUUAUAUCCUCUUUGAAUUGGAGUCCUGCCAGAAAUGCCUUUUGUAUGUUUUACCUCUUCUUAUUAAUGUAUGUUGCUUGAUGAAAUUUGUUGUUUUUGGUGUACUGAUGCUUUGAAUGUGGUGCAAAACAUUUUCAGACUUCUGAAAUAUCUAUAUCUGUUCAGGAUAGCAGCCUAAUGUAGAAAAUUUAACUGAGUAGAUGGUCACAAUAGGUUUUCAGCAAAUUGUAUAACGCAAAUUUGCUGUUGUGGAUACUUAAUUAACAUGGUUCUGACAAUUCUUUCAGUAUGAUGUUCAUGCUUUCUUCAUUUCAGGAAGUGCCUAUGUUCUUUGCAUUCUCCCUCUUUGGUGUGAUGUGCCCAUUCCAUGGGCGACGUUAAUAUGCUAUUUAAAGAUGCUGGGGUUAGGUGAAGCAGCAUAUCUGAAAGCAGUGGUGAUACUAGUAUGCCAGCUUAACUCACCUGGACACUGGCACCUUACUGCUUAAUUCUGACCACCAUUGCUUUAACGUGAUGUGACCAAAGGUUACAUUAAUCCAGUAUAUGCAAACAAGGCCCAAUGUGUUAACUUUUGGGUGGGAGUUGAUGCCACUUUUUCCCCUCUAAGUCAUGGAGAUUCACAUGAGGUGAUUGUGUUUGUGAAGUAGCUGCUUGUACAAUCUUGCACGUGCAAUGGAUGUCAUCCAAAUCAGUUUCCUCAGGCUUUGACCAUCUUACAUGCAGGUUAUGCCAAAACUGAAAAUAUUUUUUUGUGUUGAUUAUUGGAUGUUGCAGUCAGAAAGUUGUCAUUUUUUUCUGGUGAAUGUAUAAAAGUGGUAGUAUCAUAUUGGUUUUUUUUUUUAAAUAGCACAGUUUAAAUGUGCUAGAAUGCAGGUAAACUAGGUGUGUCAUUUUGAAGGUAACCCUAACCAUUACAGCAAACAGUUGGAAAAGAACUACUGCUAAGGGUUUUCAUAUUAACAGCACUUGCUUGUAAAGUGUGCUCCUUUGAGGGCUGUAGUAAACUUUUCUUUUACUGUAGCAACAAUCAGUAGGAUUAAUGUAUUGCAAUAACCCAAGUCGACAGUCUACAGAACUACCAGAAUACUCAAGAAAGAAAACAAGAUAGUAGUAACAUUUCAAACCUUUCACCAGUGAUAAUGCAGGUGACAUUUUUGAGAGAAAAACUGCUGUAGUUGUAUUUGACCCAGUUUUUGUGUUGGGAACUCAGGUUGAAUGGACUUGAAGAUUUGUAGAAAAUUAGUUGUCUGCUGUGAUCUCGGCUAUCACUGCCACCCAUAUUUUAAAAGUGUGUGUCUAUGCUUGUUUUUCUCUCCACGUUUUAAAAGUGUUUGUUUUUAUCUCCAUUUUGGCAUGGUAAUCUCAGUGAAGCAUCCGUUUUCUGUUCUCAAUGGUGAUAGUAGCUUUUUUUAAGUUUGGUUUUAAACAUUCCAAGAAAAUUGCAGUGAUUCUGUUAUAUAAAUAUCUACAGAUAUAACCAUGCAUCACAGUAUUCCUUGAUAUCAUUCCACAUAUUUCAUGGAUAGAUUUGUGACCUUUUAGACCUGCCAUAUUCUUUUUUAAAAGUAAAAUUUCCAAAAUAUUACACAUGGAAAGCAAAUUAACAUGUGUAUAUGCAGGUAUGAAAGAGAGAACAACCAUGUGCAGCAUUUCAUUCGAUGCCGAAACCUGUGUUUACCUCGUCAGUUUUGUAACACAGUAAUGUUUUCAAUGCAACACAUCCAUUUCAAGAAUUCAUACUUGAAGGAUGGUGUGGAAGUCUGGAGCACCAUUGUUUCAAUAAAAUUCAUACAUUUCACGUUACUGCUUAUUUUAUCAGUCAUGUGUCGUACAUAUCAUCACGACUAUUCAGUAAGGCUUUGCAAACAUCACUUCUAGUCGUCAUCUGAAACAAAAGUAACAGAGUGAAGAUAUGAUUGAUAAUGAGACUAAAAAAGUAUUGUAAAAUCAGUAUUUACUGCAUGUAAGCCUGAAUAUUAACACUGUUUAAUGCGCAUGCAAAAAUGUGUUCUCACGAUGUAGAUGCCUUUAAGUUUUUUUUCUUUUCUUAGUGGUGCAGAAAGUUUUUGACUAGUGUGACACAAACCAGAGUAACACCCUUACGGUGGCAUAGGUUUGACUGUCAAAUGAAAAGUGUGUUUAAGAACUAGUCUCUGUUCACAUGGUGACAUCCAGUUUUCAUUGCGAUUUUUUUUUUCUCAUUCAAAGCAGCCUAGGAAGUGUGGCAUAUGUGUAAACUGCUAUUUAUUUAAAGGUUUUGACUGCAAUAAGGAUGUUGGUCAUCCUCAAAACUGGAUUUUUGUUAUAUACCUUUGUGUCACACCAUUUUUCAAGAUGUGCUAGGACACUUGGGAACAUGAUUUUUAAGAUUUGGGGAUAGGUUUUCACCAGUUGAUUAUGGGAUAUUACAGGCUUCCAGUGCAACCCUACAAUAAAAAUAAAUGUGAUCGUUUGUUAAUGCUGGCUGGUUAAAAUAAUGGUCUUUUUGUCUUUUAUGUGAAUUAACUACAGUUUAACUAAUGUUCUUGCCUCUAUAUGUGGUCUUGUCAUGGAGGAUUGGUUUUUGUGUUUUGCUUGGAAACACCUUCGAUUAUUGAUAUUCAUGUGUCCAAACUUUGGAGCCCCUUUGUUGGCUAAUAUGCUUACAAAUAAAAAUUAAUUUACAAACAC